UCGGUCAAGCGGGUGAGACGUGCGAUGGAGAAGCUGCGGCCCAGCUCUCCCAGUCUGCAAUGGCUCUUCUGCCUGAUUUGUUUGGUUUUGUGCGUUGGUGGAGUUGGUGUCAAUGGACAGUACUGGGACAACGGCGGUAGCCAGGCCCAGUGGGGUUUCGGCACCGAUACACAGCCCGAGCAAAACAGGUGGGACUACGGUUACAACAAUCAAUGGCCGCCGGGUUACUUUAACGCCUAUUAUAGACCGCCACCGCCCUGUGGUGCCCCGCCGCCCGGUCCGCCCCCGCCGGGACCUCCACCGCCCGGGCCCCCGCCUGGAUGUCCUGGAGGGCCACGGCCGCGACAACCUCCGCGUGGUGAUGGCGGUGGUGGUGGGAACAAGUAUUGGCACGCUCCCCACCGACCUCACCCAGAUCACCAUCGAAACUUUCACAACAUCUUCCUGAACACGGAACAAAAAGUGGAUGCCCAAAACUACAACAAGACGGCCGAAAUGGAGGACUUGCAGGAUGACUUCAACGGCAGGUCAAUUGUCGCACCCGGCCAGUACCCACACAUGGCCGCUCUGGGAUUCCGCAAUGAGAACCACGAAAUUGAUUACAAAUGCGGCGGCAGUUUGAUCAGUGAGUAUUUUGUGCUUACGGCCGCUCACUGCUUAACCACACAUGGCACCGCUCCCGAUGUGGUCAAAAUCGGAGACAUCAAGCUCAAGGAAUGGGAAAACGAUGUGGCGCCGCAAAGACGCCGUGUGGCACAGAUUUACCUUUAUCCACUGUACAACACCACGUUCUAUUACCAUGACAUAGGACUGAUACAGUUGAACCGACCUGUGGAGUACACGUGGUUUGUAAAGCCCGUACGAUUGUGGGCGAGACACGAGAUCCCCUACAACAAACUGCACUCGAUGGGCUACGGCUCGACAGGAUUUGCCCAGGCUCAAACCAACAUCCUGACGGAACUCGACCUAUCCGUGGUGCCGCUGGAAAAAUGUAAUAGCACUCUGCCACCCGACGAGAGUGCUCCAGAAGGUAUAUUGAGUAGUCAGAUAUGCGCCCACGACUACGAGAAGAAUCGCGAUACCUGUCAGGGGGAUUCUGGCGGUCCAUUGCAGUUGAACUUGGAGCGCCGUCGUCGUCGUCGUAACCGGAGCGGUAGGCAUUUCCGCUACUAUCUGGUCGGUAUCACUUCCUAUGGCACCUACUGCCGCAGCGAGUUUCCAGGUGUUUACACCCGAGUCUCGUCCUACAUUGAUUGGAUAGCGUCCAUUGUGUGGCCGAACUAUUACAACGAGUUCUCCAAUCAGAAUUAGCUUACUUCUGUUAUUUUUAU